AUGUCUUUGAGUUACCUACCGGGGCGCCCCAAUGAAACUCCCCAGACAAUGUGCCAGGCCACAUGGCAGAAGCAUACUAUAUUUGCAUACUGUUCAGGAAAUAAUGUAAUUAUAAUGACUAAUGAUUUCUCAAGAUUACAAACCUUAUAUCUAGAACAGGACUGUAAUGCUGUGGAUAUUAAUUUAAAUAAUGGUUUUAUUGCUAUUGGUUAUGGAAAUAGAGUUGGUAUCUAUAAACCUCUGUACCAAGUUAUGAAAGAUCCUAAAUGGAUAUCCUGUUGUGAAAUCUUUCAUGAUCCAUCGAUUGUAAAUUCUGUAAGAUGGGGGCUCGAUAACGAAUUGGUAGUGGGAUCUGAGUUUCUUUCUUUUUGGAAGAUAAAAGAUAACUUUGGCGAAUAUGAGCCUAUAUUACUUUGGAACAAGAGGCAGCCAAAACCUGUUUAUAGCGUUACAAUAUCACAAGACUCUCAAUUAAUUGCAAGUUUCAGUAAAUAUGAUAUUACUGUAAAAUUAUGGAAAAGAAUUUCUAUAAGUGGCGAGCAAGAUAUAUUUAAUUUAACACUUCUCCCUCAUCCCGAUUAUGUGACAGCGAUUAGAUGGAAAAGCUCCCGAACAAAUCAUAGAUCACAAGUAUUGUACACAUUAUGUAGUGAUAAAAAAUUAAGAAUAUGGACAUGUUAUGAGAUCGCCAGUGGACGCAAGACAGUUCAAAAUUGGGGUUCAUUACAAUUGGGUAAUCAGGAAAGGUUUUGUAUUAUUGUUGACAAUUGGAUACUAAAAAACGUGCUACCCCCUACUGGUAAUGAACUUGAAUAUUUUAAUUCCAAUUCACCAGAUUUAGCUAUCACAGUUACAAAUUCAGGAGAUUAUACUGUGCAUGCUCUAGAGAAUCUUUCGACCGAUCCUCCUAAACCAUUAUUAUUGAAGACAUUAUUUUCUGGAGAACUUUCCAGAUCAUUUUUCCCUAAAAACCCAAGUUUUUUAUACUUUGCUGAAAUUCAACCAUACAAUGAUCAAUCCCCUGAAAUUUCGCUGAUGGCUCAUUCAUUGGGUGGGAUGAUCAGACAUGCGACAGUAAAUCUACCGAAUCUGUUAGCACAAAAGCAAAACCAAACUAAUGAAUUUGUUCUCCAUCAUGUUUUAGCAGGUCAUAAUAAAUCUAUUCAAGAAUUAGUCAGAAGUAGUGAUGGUGAAGCAUUAUUGACCCAAUCAAGAUUUUCCGAGAAUAGCAUUUGGACACCACAACGAAUCUCCAAGGAUGAAAUGACGUUAUUUUUAAAAAAUGUCGUUCAUACAGAGGCACCAAUUAGGCUGGCAGUUCUACAUGAAAGGGGUAAUCUCUUGAUAUGUCUGUUAGAAAAUUUAAAACUUCAGGCAUGGGAUUGUCCAAGAAAUGAAAACCCUAAUUUUAAAACAGCAGUAUUAAAGUCUGAAUACAUUGUGCCAUCACCACCAGAUGGGAUUAAGCCGUUGCUGAUGCUGAAUACACCUGAAUUAGUUCAUAAUCAUGAACGCCAUUUUGUUGCGAUAGUAUAUUCCGAUGGUUCAACUUGUUCAUAUGAAGUUUCCUUAGUAAGAGGAAUAGCUCCAUUUAGAUCAGAAUCCUUAGAUCUAAAUGGUCAAUCAUCGAUAUAUAAGAUUUCUAAAAUAGAUCCUGUUCAUCCAACAUUUAUAUGUAAUAGGCCGUUAAUAUCGCUCGCAACCGAAAAUGGUCUUGUCACCGAAUAUAAAGCAACGGUUGAUUACGAAAAUAAGGUGGUAGAAUGGUCAAAAUGGAAAGAAGUAGUGACAGGGGUGAAAAAUCCACUUUUUAUAAGCGGUUCAUCUACAGGUAAGUUAUGUGUCGUUAGUGAAGACGGGAAGAUUGUUUCAUUCUGGGAUGUCGAUGGUGGUGUUCUUGAGUACGAAGAAAUAUUCACGGAACAAAUACAAGAUAUUGAUUGGACCAGUACGGCUUUCGAACAGAGUAUUAUGUCUAUUGGAUUUGCCGGCUAUGCAUUACUUUACACCCAAUUAAGAUAUGAUUACACGAAUAAUUCUCCGAGUUAUUUACCUAUUGAAAAAAUAGACAUUACGGCUCACACUGCUCAUAAAAUAGGUGACUCAGUGUGGUUAAAAGAUGCUACAUUUGUUGUUGCGUCGGGAAAUCAGCUUUACAUAAAAGAUAAAUCACUUGACUUAAACGAUCCCUUUACGCACAAGUCAAUAGGAUCAAGAACAAUAUUAUCAAACGAUAUUUUACAUCUUAAUAGUGUCUUAAAUGGUCCCCUUCCUGUUUACCAUCCUCAGUUCCUCAUUCAGGCUAUUUAUGCAAACAAGAUCGAGCUUGUUAAAGAAAUUUUAUUAAGGCUUUUCUUAAAGUUAAGGGACAUUGAUCUGAAUUCAAAGGACAUCACAGUUAAUCUACCAUCUGACCUGGAUCUCGACUCACAAAAAUUUUUUAUUAAACGGGAUAAGGACUAUCCUGUAGAGAUCUUUCCAGAUCCAUAUCCCAUCUUCAAUGAUUUAGUAGCUUCAGGUUUAUCGCAGCAAUUGAUAAAAAUGGUGCUACCCUAUAUAACAAGACAUCAACAGGUUACUUUAAUGACAGUAGUUGAAGCAGCAAAAGAUAUUAUGAAGCAUAAUGAAGUGAUUGAUAUUAAUGGAGUUAGAUUUCUAUUAGGUGUUAAAUUAUUUAUGUCACACAGGCCUCAACAAACUCACCUGGUAAUGAGAGAUGUCUCUUGGGCGUUACAUUCAGAUAAUAAGGAGUUGCUACUCUCUCAAUUGGAUUGGAAUACAACCUCUUGGGAGAGGGCAUGUGAAUAUAAAAUUGCAUUAUGGGUUAAGGGACCAGACCUGGUCAAUAAAAUGGAGGAAAUUGCAAAAUACGAAUUUAAUAAAACUGAGAUAAAGGAUCCAUCUCUAUGUUCCAUUUUCUACCUUGCCCUAAAAAAGAAACAAGUUAUUCUUGCCCUUUGGAAAAUGAGCUAUGGAAAUCCUGAACAACAAAAAAUGAUCAAAUUUCUAAACAACGAUUUCAAUGAACCAAGAUGGAAAACAGCAGCAUUAAAGAAUGCAUUUGUGUUAUUAAGUAAGCAUCGUUACUUGGAUGCAGCAACGUUUUUCCUACUGGCAGGUGCAUUAAAAGAUUGUGCAAAUGUAUUAUACAAGCAAUUGAAUGAUAUUGAUCUAGCUAUUGGUGUGUGCAGAGUCUAUGAGGGUGAUAAUGGUCCUGUAUUGGGUGAUUUUUUAACCAGCAAAGUCUUACCCAAGGCUAUUCAAGAAAACGAUAGAUGGAUGAGUAGCUAUGUUUACUGGAAAUUGAGAAAGCAAGAUAUUUCCAUUAAAGCACUGGUUACACCACCCAUAGAGUUGGAAAAUAAUUCACAAUUGGUGAAACAUGAUGCAUUAGUAAAUAAAUCAUUUCUAGUAGAGGAUCCGGCAUUGUUACACCUGUAUAUUGUUUUGAGAGAAAGAAAUAUUAAAUAUUUUACGGCAUCUUUAGAAAUGGGUACACAAAACGAAUACAAGUUAAUACUUAGAGUUGUUGAUAUAUUAAAUAGGAUGGGAUGUGACUAUUUGUCUGCCUCAUUAGUGCGAGAAUGGAACUUUAUCAAAAGACCAAAAUAUAUUAAGAAUAAACCUGAAUUUUUUGGGAAUACACCAUCCACCAGUGAGACUUUAUCUACAAAUAAAACUAUAGUUGAGCCAGUAACGACUGAAAGGGUAAGGCCAAGCUUGUUUGACAUGUUUGAUAAGCAGACUUCAUCGUCAGACAGUCCAAAGAUCGAAAAUGACUCCAAGGUAUCUGGAAGAAAUAUCCUGGAUUCUUUCAACACCCCAGUCUCUUCCAAGCCAAAAAGUAUACUGGAUAGUUUUGUUUCUUCUCCUCAGCAAAAGAGUAUGUUGGCUGAUUUUAUGACACCUUCUCCUGUUGCAGAAAGCUCGCAAAACACUCUCUCUAGUAUGAGUGACAGUUUUACGACGCAGUCUGAGACAAAGUUAUCCAGAAAUGGUACAGCUACCACUCCAUCGAAUAAUCACACACCUAUAGCAUCCCAGAAACCUAGAAGUUUGUUGGAUGAUUUUAUGUAA